AUGGAUUAUGGGUAUGGAGGUUAUUCGUCAACGCCCUAUGGUGGCGGAGAAGGAGCUGGUGGUUUCGCACAAGGAGAAACCAGCAGUCAGUCCAAGGCAGCGUAUUCCGGCGAAUCUAGAUCUGUACGACCAGUCACAAUUAAACAAUUAAACGAUGCAUCUCAGGCAUUUCCAGAAGCACCCUUCAAAAUAGAUAACGCCGAUAUCAACGUAGUAUGCUUCGUUGGCCAGGUUCGAAAUGUCAACAAGCUUGCAACGCACGUCACAUACAAACUCGACGAUGGAACCGGUGAAACGGAUGUGAGAUAUUUUAUUCCUCCAGAAGAGAAAGAUGCGUUUGAUGAACUUGAGGCCAUGGACGUCAUGGCCAUGGACACAACAGGCGGUGGCAGCGGUGCCGGCGGCGUGACAGACAAAUCAGGGCGACCAAGGGCUCAUCAAGUAACCACGAAUGGAUAUGCGAAGGUGUUUGCCAAUUUAAAAACAUUCAAUGAUCGACGACAAGUUAAUGCGGUGUUGAUUCGCCCGAUAACGAAUAUCAACGAAUACCAUGUUCAUUUUCUCGAAGCGACAGCUGUCCAUCUUUAUUUCACCAAGGGCCCACCUCCAAAGGCUGGCGGCUCUGGAGCGGGUGCCGAAAGUGGUGGAGGUGCGAUGGACAUGGGCGGAAACAAUCUCUCUUUACCACGAAUGUCUCCGAUGGCGCGGAAGCUGUAUGACGCUCUCAGCAACAGCAGACAGACCAACGAAGGAAUGCAUGUGAACGUUCUUGCUCCGCUGAUGCAAGUGAAUGUAAAUGAAGUUUAUAAGGCUGCCGAAGAGCUACUGGGACUGAGUGUGAUAUACCACACGGUGGACGAGGAUACCUGGAAAAUCCUGGAUUGCUGA